AUGGCACCAAACCUCAAACCCCCACAGCUCGAGUUGAUUCAUCAUAUGAUCGAGAAUAACUCACUGACGUCGUCGCAGAUGGCCCAUGCCGCCGGCUGCAGCAAACGCUCCAUAUUACACAUUAGCUCUAACCUUACAGUAUUUGGGAAGGUUAGGGCGCCACGAAAUGGUGUUGGACGCCCGCGAAGUAUUACGCCGUCCAUGCUCGAAGCUCUUUGUGAACAUUUGAUGGAGAAGCCGACAUUAUAUCAAGAUGAAAUGGCCCUUUUCCUCUGGGAUGAAUUUGGGAAACACGUGACCGUUCAAAGCAUCAGCAGAGCGCUUGCUUCAGUCGGGUGGUCUAAGAAAGCAGCUCGACAGAUUGCAAAGGAACGGAAUGCAGAUCUACGGGACUUCUACCUCCACAACCUAUCUUCUUUCAAGUCGUACCAUUUGGUAUUCGUGGAUGAGUCGGGCUGUGACAAAAGGGCUGGGUUCCGACGGACAGGUUGGUCACCUCUUGGUGUGACCCCUGUUCAAAUUUCCAAAUUUCACCGCGAUAGACGCUAUCAGAUACUCCCUGCCUAUGCCCAGGAUGGAAUCAUCCUAUGCCGGGUAUUCCAGGGCGCUACUGAUGCCGGUGUUUUCGAGGAUUUCAUUGAACAACUUCUUCAACACUGUAACCGUUGGCCUGAACCAAAGUCAGUCCUCGUUAUGGAUAAUGCUUCUUUUCAUCGUACGGAGAAAAUCCAGCGGAUGUGCUUGGAUUCUGGCGUUAAGCUGAUAUAUCUCCCUCCUUAUUCACCGGAUCUGAACCCAAUUGAAGAGUUCUUUUCUGAGCUGAAGCAAUUUAUCAAACGCAAAUGGAAUGAGUAUGAAGCAAACCCAAACCAAGGUUUCGAUGCGUUUCUCGAGUGGUGUGUUGACGUGGUUGGCUCAAGGAUAUCGAGCGCAGAGGGUCAUUUCCGAAAUGCAGGUCUGAUAAUUGACGAGCUUUGA